UUACACCCCCCUAGCAUUACGGAGCUGUCUGCACUCUGGCUAACAUUGAUCACCGGACUUACAUGCGUUAGCCGCAGGGGUAACGGACUCCUGGAGACUAUUAGAAGGAGGUAGCAGGCAGGCACACUUAUGGCAACGUUACCUGCUUACGAGAGGAGAGCGUUUGUUCAUAAGCUCAACAGACACUCAUCAGCAGACAUCAGAAAGCAGUAUAUGCAACAGUAUGGAACUUUGCCAUUCCUUCAGCAUGCUUCCAGUAUGUCUGGCACCCCAGUCCUUUCCCUGCCUUCCUUUUAUGACACUGUGGAACCUGUUGAUUUUGAAGAAUUCCUGAUGACACAUCUCCGUGGUCUGGACCCAGAAUCAGCCCAGUACCUUGGCGACUUUCCUGAAGAUGAGCUGGAGACAGUUUUUAAUCACAGGGAGCAUAGGACAGUCCAGCCCUCUAUGCCAGAGGAAGGGUCAGAACUGGAUCCACAUGUCAGAGACUGUGUUCAAACAUAUAUCCAGGAGUGGCUGGUAAUAAGCAGAAAGUAUCAGGGAGAGCUGAACAAGUCAGGACCACGACAAGAUUUUUACAAGAGUCUGAAGAAGCAGACGUUUGAAUCUGAUGAGACCGCAGACGGGAAUGGCACAAAUUAUCAGAUUGGCACCAGAAGGCUUGCUGUCACAUGUGAUGAAGCUGGUAGGACCACCCUCACAACUUGUGAUUUUGACUUAUGUGGCCUACAACCAGACAAUCGACUAGAAAACCUGCUGAAGCACAUUAGCCCUGAGGAGCAGGAUAAUCAGAAUGAGGAAACAAGAAAAGCUAACCGACAAAUGGAACUGUUUGCACUUUACCCUCCAAUAGAUGAGGAAGAUGCAGUAAUAAUGCGUCCUAUACCUGAAUGCCCUAAAGAACCAUUUGGAAACAGAAUCCUUGUAAAAUUUCAGUGUCUUAGGUUUGAAAUAGAAAUUGAACCCCUGUUUAUGACAGUAGCAUUAUAUGACCUGAAGGAAAAAAAAAAGAUUUCAGAAAAUUUCUAUUGUGAUCUAAACUCGGAACAAAUGAAAGGAUUUGUGCGAAGCCAUACUACAACUAUAUCUCCUUCAAGCCUGGCUAAGUCGGCAGUGUUCUCUGUUACAUAUCCAUCAUCUGAUAUUUUUCUUGUUGUUAAGAUUGAAAAGGUCCUACAACAGGGUGACAUUGCGGACUGUGCAGAAAACUAUAUGGCAAUAAAGGAAGGUGAUGGCAAUAAGAAUAAAGAAAAAAUUGAUAAACUUCGGAGUCAAGCUGAGUACUUUUGCCAGCGACUAGGAAAAUAUAGAAUGCCGUUUGCCUGGGGUUGUACAAACAUAAGCUCUGUCACUGCAUCAACACUCGAGAGAGAAGCAUAUGAUAUAGACAACUUCAAUGGGAAAGGAAAUAUUACAGAUAGAAGAGCACUGAUGCAAAUGAGGAGGUUAUCAGAUCGAAGUGGAGGCAACUUGGAUGAUCAGUACUUGCCUAAUUCAAAAACAUUCACCAUCACUACGUUUCAUAAACAGGAAGGGGACAGACUGACUGAUGAAGAUUUAUUCAAGUUCUUGUCUGAGUACAAAAAAUAUUCUCUCCAGAGAAGAUACAAACCAAUACCAGGGUUACUGAAGGUAGAGAUUUCUUCAGCAUUUGAGGGCCUACCUGGUUGCCUGUCACCUGAGCUGCUACCAGUGCUUCCACUGUCUGAUAACCGAAAUCGACUUAUCAAAGAAGUGCUGGAGUUUCCUUCAAAAGAGGUGUAUGUUCCACAUACAAUUUACAUGGCUGAGGAAAUUACUGAACUAGAUUCAUCUGUUCCUGCUUCUAUAUCUAACUCUCGUAAUAUUAAGCUACAACAUUAUUUAUCCAGUAUUAAGGAGAUCAACAAUCCAUUAGUUAAUUGUAAAGAAACAGCUGUGGAGAAGAGAAGUGAGAAUUUUGAUGUCAUAGCCCUUAAAACUCAACUUUUCAGUCUGGAGAAGGAACUUUCCAAGUUAAAGAGAAGUCAGUUCCAGAAAUUUCAUCUUGAGGUAUGUCUUGCUGAACAGAUAAUACCUCGUGGGCUACGUGUAUUGAAAAUGCCCUCUUUUCAUAAUGGGGACAAUAUUUUGUUAAUGGAAUGGCAGAAGACAAUUCCACAGACUAGUUUUUGUUACUUGCGUCUCUUAAUUACAGCAGCAGAAAGGGAGAUGGGUGCCCUGGUUACUUCUAUUAAUAAAAUGUACACUGAUUUACUUAAAGACUAUUCUACGGAUAUACUAGACUCAUAUAUAGAAGAUAUCUUGAACUCUCUCGCUUUAUAUGAGAGUAAGCUACAGAAAAUUAAGGUUGGUAAAAUUGUCAGAGAUAGGAUGGAUUUUAGAACUGGGAACAUCUUUACUUGGCCGAGAGAGGAGCGUGACCGAGAGGGAACGAAUUUGUUGAGCGCUACAUCCACAUCGGACGUUGCUGUGAAUGCGACUGAGAGAGCAGAAGCAUCUAGGACUUCACGUGUAGAACAGUUGAGAGAGGUGGAAGUAAUACAUGAUACUACAGCUCUGACGGCGUGUCCUAUGGAUUUAGGAGCCAAGAGGAAGAUUAUCACCACUGUAGCGCAAGUGCAUCGAGGGAGACUUGAUUCUUUAGAAUCAACUACUAGUUCCAAUGAUUUUUUACAGCGUUAUAACAUCGAAUUCCCUUUACCGAUGAAAGAGAAUUCAUUCAGGUUGAACAGAGACCAGUCAAGAGGAAGGAGUCGUGGUAAUGCAGAUAUUCUGGACAAACACAACAGUCACAUCCUGCCAAACAAAUCAGUUCCUGAUGCCACCCUUGCUGAUGGCUGCUCCUCAGAGGUUUACUCCUGCAUAAAUGAAUGCAUUAAAAAGCUUGUUCCCAUCACCCCAACAGUUGUAAUAUAUUCAGAAGUCAUUUUUGGGAAGUCCAGUGGCCCAGAAUUUGUACAGGAGGUGUACACCCCCAUUAUUUACCAUAACAAGUCACCAGAUUUCUAUGAAGAAGUCAAAAUCAAGUUACCAGCAAAACUUACUGAAAAACAUCAUUUACUUUUCACAUUUUGCCACAUCAGUUGCCAGCAGAAGCAGAACCAGGCAUCAAACACAGAAGCUGUCCUGGGAUACUCGUGGCUACCUAUCCUGGCAAAUGAAGGUCUACAGACUGGGCAUUUCAAUCUUCCAGUGGCUUUGGAAAAACUGCCUAAUAAAUAUUCAAUGUAUUCUCCUGAGAAGAUUCUUCCUCAGAGUCCUUCAUCAGUUAAAUGGAUAGAAAGUCACAAAGGAGUCUUUGACAUAGACGUGCAAGCUGUCUCCUCAGUUCACACACAGGACAAAACUUUAGAAAAAUUCUUUGCACUGUGUUAUGCCCUGGAAGGAAGGGUCACUUUUCCAUGCCGAAUACUAGGUGAUAAGAUCAGUGAGAGCUCUGUGGAACACCAAUUGAAACUGACCUUGGUCUGCCUAAGUUCAGCUAGCCUCGAGCCUCUUGUCCUGUUUCUGCACCCGGUUCUAGAUAAACACUUCCAACUCAUUGUACAGCCUAUGCUCAUUGCAGGACAAACAGUCAGUUUUUCCCAGGAUGCAUUUGAGUCAGUGGUAUCAAUAGUGACCAGUCUUCACAACUCUGCAGACCUCUGCAAGGACCAACAUGGACGGAACUGCCUAUUGGCUUCCUAUGUAUACUAUGUGUUUCGUCUACCUGACACAAAGAGAGAAAUGUUGAAAUCAGCUCCAGGUGCAAAUCCUGCUUGCUCUGAGAUCCGUUACAACACAAUGGGUCGUUCCAGUGCUGUGUCUGUUGGCAGCAAACUCCUACAAUCUCGAGUACUGAGCACUAGCAACCCCAAUAUUGCUGGCACCCCUACAGCAGAUGAUGAGGAAAUUAAGACUAUCCUGACUCCUAAGGCUUCAGAUCGGAUUAACAAUCGGAUGUCUUCCUACUUAGAAGUAACCAACUACUUCCAAGGUGCUGGUUCCAGUCAGAGACCAACCAAUAAAAAGCUCUUCCAUGAGGAACUAGCGCUGCAGAUGGUAGUAAGUUCUGGUGUUGGGCGAGAGAAUGUCUUCAAGUAUGCCUGGUUCUUCUUUGAGCUGCUGGUGAAAAGCAUGACACAAUUCUUAUGUCAAGUGGACAAACAUGAGGUCUCACGCAGAACUCGUUUCUCAGAUCGCUUCAAGGAUGACAUCACCACUAUAGUCUCUGUUGUCACUGCAGAAAUAUGUUCAAUUUUGCAUAAGCAGCAGAAAUUAGCAACGGAAGCAGAACAUGCAGAGAAGAUAAAUAUCAACUUGGCCUUUUUUCUGUAUGAUCUCCUGUCCUUAAUGGAUCGUGGCUUUGUGUUUAACCUUAUCAGGAAUUAUUGCAACCAGUUAUCAAUCAAGCUCAACUCCAUGUCUACACUUAUUUCAAUGCGAUUAGAGUUCCUGAGGAUUCUUUGCAGCCAUGAGCACUACCUAAACCUUAACCUUUUCUUUAUGAGUGCUGCUUCUGCUCCAACGUCCCCAUGUCCUUCUAUCUCAUCACAGAACUCGAGUUCUUGCUCAAGCUUUCAAGAUCAGAAAAUUCUCAACAUGUUCGACAUGUCUGUGGAGUACCGACAGCAACACUUCCUGACUGGUUUGCUUUUCACUGAACUGGCUGCAGCACUGGACACUGAAGAAGAAGGAAUAGCUCGAGUGCAGAAGAAAGCUAUCAGUGCCAUACAUAACUUGUUGUGUUCCCAUGACCUGGACGCACGAUUUACAAAACCUGAAGUUAAAACAAAAAUUGCUGCUUUGUACCUUCCCCUGGUGGGAAUAAUUUUGGAUGCAGUGCCACAGCUCUACGAUUUUACAGUGGCAGAUGCUCGAGGUGGAAAAGGACGGGAUGACCAAGAACCUACAAGCCCGAUCAACCAUUCCAUUGCUAUGGCAAUAGCAGGCAACCCACUCAGCUCAUUACAGAAGAACAGUACCUUGACUACACCAUCAUCAUUGGCCAACAAGUCAUACAGUGUUCUCUCUGCGGAGACUUCUCGUAAUCUUCUUAUCUGCUUUCUAUGGAUCCUGAAAAAUGCUGACCAGAGCCUCAUUCAGAAAUGGGUCCUCGAACUUCCAUAUGGCCUGCUCAAUAGAGUUUUGGAACUACUUUAUUUAUGUGUCUCCUGUUUUGAGUACAAGGACAAACAGUAUUCUGAUAAAAUGCCAAGCCAGGUUCUACAGAAAUCAAGAGACGUAAAAGCUAGAUUAGAAGAGGCAUAUCGUGGAGGUGCAGGGGCCAGAGGAGACAUGAUAAAACGCAGCAGAGCCCCAGCAGGAAAUGAGAGACUGUCAGUGGUCAGCGAUAACCUGCGAUGGAGAAAAGAGCAAACUCAAUGGCGACAAGCAAAUGAGAGGGCAGAUAAAUCCAAAGCUGAUCUUGACCAAGAAGCACUGAUCAGCGGAAACCUGGCCACAGAAGCCAAUUUAAUUAUACUUGACCUACUAGAAAUCAUCAGUCAGGGCAUUUCAAUCACUGAUUCAAAGGAAAAUGCUCUUGGUGGGAUCCUGAAAGUUCUUUUGCAUUCUCUGGCUUGCAAUCAGAGUACCACAUAUCUAACACAUUGCUUCAGUACCCUGCGGGCAUUGCUUGCCAAGUUUGGGGACCUCAUCUUCGAAGAGGAAGCAGAGCAGUGUGCAGAUCUGUGUCAGCGAGUCUUGCAUCACUGCAGCAACAGCUUAAGCAGUAUCCGCAGCCAGGGAUGUGCCACCCUCUACCUCAUUAUGCGAUACAGCUUCAGCAGCAUUAGUAGUUUUGCAAGGGUGAAGAUGCAGGUAACAAUGUCACUGGCAUCCCUUGUUGGUAGAUCACCAGACUUUAAUGAGGAGUACCUGAGGCGGUCCCUUAGAACCAUCUUGGCUUAUGCAGAAGAAGAUGAAGACAUGAAGCAGACUGCAUUCCCUAAUCAGGUGGUGGGACUCCUUCGCAAUCUCAACAGCAUCCUGUCUGACACUGUGAAAAUGAGAGAAUUCCAGGAGGAUCCUGAGAUGUUAAUGGACCUGAUGUACAGAAUUGCCAAAGGGUACCAGUCAUCACCUGACCUGCGUUUGACUUGGCUGCAGAACAUGGCGGAGAAGCACGGCAAACGGCAGUGUUUUACUGAGGCUGCCAUGUGUCUGGUGCAUGCUGCCGCACUGGUUGCUGAGUAUCUAAGUAUGCUUGAGGACCACAGCUAUCUGCCUGUGGGCAGUGUCAACUUUCAGAACAUAUCAUCAAAUGUGCUGGAAGAGUCUGCAACGUCUGAUGACAUUUUGUCUCCUGAUGAAGAUGGUAUCUGUUCUGGCCGUUACUUCACUGAAAGUGGCCUUGUUGGACUGCUGGAACAGGCCGCUGAUUUGUUUAGCAGAGCAGGGCAGCAUGAAAUUGUCAAUGAAGUUUACAAGAUUGUUCUCCCUAUUCUUGAAGCUCAUAGAGAUUUUAGAAAGUUGUCUCUUACCCAUGAUAAACUGAAAAGUGCAUUUGAGAGUAUCACGCAAAAGGGUCACAAACGUAUGUUUGGAACAUACUUUCGAGUUGGUUUUUAUGGUUCCAAAUUUGGAGAUUUGAAUAAGCAGGAAUUUAUCUACAAAGAACCAACCAUCACAAAACUACCAGAGAUUUCCCACAGGCUGGAGGCAUUUUAUGGCCAGUGUUUUGGUGAGAAUGCUGUGGUUGUCAUUAAAGAUUCUAUUCCGGUAGAUGAACGCAAGCUGGACCCAAACAAGGCAUACAUACAGAUCACAUUUGUUGAGCCAUAUUUUGAUGAAUAUGAGAAGAAAGACAGAGUUACACACUUUGAAAAGAAUUACAACCUGCGACGGUUUAUGUACACAACCCCAUUCACUCUAGAUGGACGACCCAGGGGUGAUCUACGAGAGCAGUACAAAAGGAAAACCAUCCUUACAACAAUACAUGCAUUUCCAUACAUAAAAACUAGGAUAAACGUCAUUCAGAAGGAAGAGUUUACAUUGACACCCAUUGAAGUGGCUAUUGAGGACAUGCAAAAGAAGACCUUGGAGCUGGCUGUUGCCACAAGUCAAGAGCCACCAGAUGUCAAAAUGCUUCAAAUGGUGUUACAAGGUUCAGUGGGAGCCACUGUUAAUCAGGGACCAUUAGAGGUAGCUCAAGUCUUCCUUGCUGAAAUUCCAGAAGACCCCAAACUUUUCCGACAUCAUAACAAACUACGACUAUGUUUUAAAGAAUUUAUUAUGAGGUGUGGUGAGGCAGUGGAGAAGAAUAAACGUCUCAUUGCCAGUGAUCAAAAAGAAUAUCAUCAGGAACUAAAGAAGAACUAUGGCAAGCUGAAAGAGAACCUCCGACCCAUGAUUGAACGAAAGAUACCUGAUCUAUAUAAACCUGUCAUUAAAAUCCGCAGUGAGACAAGGGGAUCCUUUCACAGAUCUAGUUUUCGCAAAUGUGAAACACAGACUUCAGUAUCUCAGAGCAGCUGAGAAAUGUCUCCACCAAAUGUAUGAGGACAUGACUUUUACUGGGACCUUGUCAAUGCCCAUAAAUGGCUUUGAACUGGACAUUGCCACUGAAAAGAAAGCAAUAUAUAUGACUGUUUGAAGAAACAUGGAAAUAAGUGACACCAUCUGAAGAACUAGCUGGAUCAAAAAUACUGUGCCAUGAACAUCUUUUCACCUCUUCGCUGAUGUGAAAAAUGCAGCUGACUUCAAUGAUGCACUGAUGCAAUAAAUUGGUGCUUAGACAGCAGUAAGCCUGAGCAGCCAUGCUGUCCUGACAAGAUCUCUGCCAUGUGAUGUACCUUAGUCUUCUUGAUGAAUAGGUUGUGGGGAUAUAAACAGUGUUAUACGUUACAAUCUGUAGAGAAAGAAAUUGAGAAAACAUUUUAAUGGUAACAUUUUUCUAUGCUGUAUUGUAUUUCCUAAAAUAUUUUAUAUUUAAAAAAAAAAUCAUAAAUGUG